AUGUGGACGCUCCAGGACCGAGGAUAUUUCGGGAUUGUAUCGUUUCCUAUGAUGGUAGCCAUGGUAUGCUGUGCUCAGAGUGUUAAUGAGCCCAGCAACAUGUCCUAUGUGAAGGAAACCGUGGAUAGAUUGCUCAAAGGAUAUGACAUUCGUUUGAGGCCAGAUUUUGGAGGCCCUCCAGUUGAUGUGGGGAUGCGAAUAGCUGUCGCAAGCAUAGAUAUGGUUUCAGAAGUCAACAUGGACUAUACUCUUACAAUGUACUUCCAGCAAUCAUGGAGAGACAAAAGACUUUCGUAUUCAGGAAUUCCUCUGAAUCUUACUUUGGACAACAGAGUAGCUGAUCAGCUCUGGGUGCCAGAUACAUAUUUUCUGAAUGAUAAGAGGUCAUUUGUUCAUGGAGUUACUGUGAAGAACCGGAUGAUUCGACUGCACCCUGAUGGAACUGUUCUUUAUGGACUAAGAAUUACUACCACAGCUGCUUGCAUGAUGGAUCUGCGGAGAUACCCUCUAGAUGAACAGAACUGCACACUUGAAAUUGAAAGUUAUGGAUACACCACAGAUGACAUUGAGUUUUAUUGGAACGGAGGUGAUAAAGCCAUUACAGGAGUUGAAAAGAUUGAGCUGCCUCAGUUUUCAAUUGUUGAUUACAAGAUGGUUUCAAAGAAAGUUGUAUUCUCUACAGGUUCUUACCCUCGUCUUUCUCUGAGUUUCCGACUUAAAAGGAACAUCGGCUAUUUCAUUUUACAGACUUACAUGCCCUCUACACUGAUUACAAUUUUAUCAUGGGUAUCAUUUUGGAUUAAUUAUGAUGCAUCAGCUGCAAGAGUUGCUCUCGGGAUUACUACCGUGCUGACUAUGACUACCAUUAGCACCCAUCUCAGAGAAACAUUACCAAAGAUUCCAUAUGUGAAGGCUAUUGAUAUCUACCUAAUGGGAUGCUUUGUGUUUGUGUUUUUGGCAUUGCUUGAAUAUGCUUUUGUGAACUACAUAUUCUUCGGGAAAGGUCCACAGCUGCAAAAGAAAGCUGCAGAAAAGGCAGAGAAAGCAAACAAUGAAAAGACCAAAGUGGAAAUGAACAAAGUUCAGGUAACUCUCUAUGUUUGCCCAACAAUGCAAUCUGACCAAGUUGAUGCUCACGGGAACAUUCUUCUGACAACACUCGAAAUAAGAAAUGAAGUCAGCGGAUCGGAAGUGUUAACAAGUAUCAGUGAUCCAAGAGCUACGAUGUAUUCUUAUGACAGUGCAAGCAUCCAGUACCGAAAGCCAAUGUCCAAUAGAGAUAUGUACAGCAGAAGCACUUUGGAUAGGCAUAUUGUUCAUAAAAAGGGUCGUUUACGGAGAAGUGCUUCUCAGAUUAAAAUUAAAAUUCCCGAUUUGACUGAUGUGAAUGGCAUAGACAGAUGGUCAAGAAUGAUAUUCCCUGUUGCUUUUACAUUUUUUAAUGUUGUUUAUUGGCUUUAUUAUAUACAUUAA